UGGCAAUUGCCAGAAACAGAUUUCAGAAGGAAAAACAGAGAUCACAUAGAUAUGAAUCCAUAAAUGUCCGGAAAAUUAUGUGAGCUAAGACCGAGAACACAUGACUUACGAGUAUGUUUUGAAAUAAAAUAAAAAACAAUUCUUGGGUAAUGGAAGGGCGAAUCUAUGCAGCAUUAAGUAGUCUUCUUUAGUUCCUCUCUAAACUCUAAUCCGUCUCCGGCCAAAAAAAAAAUGGCUACAGAAGAAACGAUUCAGAUGAUGGUCCAAGUGGCGAUUUUGCUACUUACCCUCGCCAUGUUCUGGGCAGUGACGUACCUUCCGAAGCGAACCCUAGCGAACUUCAGAACCAAGCACCGAGCAACUGUCCAAACCCAGCGUCAGCUGAUCCAAGCCUCCCGCCUCCUCGCUCGGGCACGAACCACCACCAACCGAUCGCACUCGCUCUCCCUGGCCAAGUCCGCUCUCGCCGAGGCCGACGACGCGAUCUCUCUCUCCCCCGACGACGCUGCGGCUCACAUCGUUCGAGCCCUAGCCCUGGAUCUGCUCGGCCACCGCACCUCCGCGCUCAAAUCGUUCGAUUCGGCUCUGACCUACCCGCGCGUAAAGUCACUCUCCGACGGAGAACGAGCGGACGCGCUGGUGAAGAGGGCCGAGAUGAAGCUUGCGGUGAAUCGGCGCCGGAGAAUCGGAUCGGCGAUCGAGGAUCUGGAGGAGGCCGUCAAGCUGGCCGAUGCCGCCGCCGGCGACGGCGGAAGGGGAGACAACACGGCGAGGAUGCAUUGUGUGUUGGGUGAGUGUUACGAGUUCAUGGGCUUGAAGGAGAAGGCUCAUUGGGCUUACGACAAGGCCUUGAAAGCCCAACCGAGUUCGGCCGCGGCUCGUGACGGCUUGAACCGGUCCGGUUCGUAGCGGUUUUCUUUUUUCAAUUUAAGCAGCUUGUUCUAUAUUUCCAUUGUUAUUCUCCUUUAAAGGGAGCUUUUCUACCGUCUGUGACUUUCUAAAUAAGGGAAUUU